GCUGCUAUUAUGUACAAGAAUUACCCAUGAACCAGUGGUGUGUGGGCAUGCACUUGCCCGUUGCCAGUUAUGUAAAAUCCCAACUAAAAAAGCUUCAACCCUAACUAUAACAUUGGCAGUUAUAUUUCUCUGUGUCUACAUUUGGGUCUGUUUUGUUAGUGUGUGUUAUAACUGGCCAGGCAAGUGUGUGUUGCUAAGUACUGUUUUGAAAGAGGUGUGGAAGAAAGUCCUUGUUGCCUUAAGAGAAAGUUCCAGAAGAAGUCUUUCACUAGAUGGGUCACUGUCAACAGUUCACAUCAGGUAGGUCUUGUUAUAUUCUCUGACAUGUUCCAACUGUGUUACCCAGGUUUAUAGUAAAUCAUCCAGCUCUGUUAAUCUAAAUACACAUUUGUAUUUUGGGAAUUAACAUAUGUACAGUGUACUUUUAAAAUUAUCCAAACUUGCGCAUUUUUUGAUAAGGUAUUUGCCACAUUAGGGAGAUGCUAUUCUCCACAGAUAUAAGAGAACAAGAACAUAUCAAAUACCUCCUUCAACAAGAAAUGAUUCCUGAAAGCCUGAUUUUUUCUUUGUACAGGAUUUGUUAAGAGUUUGAGAGACAAAAUUUCUGUUUGUCAUGCUGCAAGCCUGGGUUGACACAGCUUGGGACAGUCUCAGAUUUUCUGGUAUCUAUAACUCCCAAAGUCUGUUGUGUCUUCUUUAAGUCUAUACUGCAUGGCGUGAGUUGCUUUUGAGUGCAAGAUUGUGUUCUGAACCACACACCAAAUGUUUUCUCUUUGUCAUAUGUGGCACUGAUGCUAAGAAGGUAGCAUAACUUUCUUAGCAUCAUGUCGGUACUUCUCAGCAUCCAUGUUAUACAUGAGUUCCUAUAUCAAUAAGAAACUUUCAAAGAACACAUACUAACGUACCUUCCAAUUUUCUUCCAACAGCAUCCUUCCUCUGAGAAAACAACGGUUAGCACACAGGACAUGGUGCAGGGUUGCUUGAAAAGAAAAUAUCGGCCAAAAAACUCUCUUAGCUCUUGUCCAUAGUUUGUUCAGGUUGUAAACUAAUGUAUUGGCUAUAUGAGUAGGAACCACGGAAACUUUGCAGUGGAUUGCCUGAAGUAGUAUUUUUCCAAAAAUCUUUUGAAGAAAAACUAUUCUAAGAACACGUGUGAAGGAAAGCAGCCAGCCUUUUACUUUAGAAAGCACGGCAGAACUGUAUGUGUACGAGCUUUAACCAAACGCAUGCCAAAAGAGUCCGAAAGAUAACACCGUAAGCUUCUGGCAUUUAAAUGUGAUUGGUGUUGUCCAAAAUUUGUGCUCUGUCUCAAAGUUGUAAUUUAUAGACUAUGAUAGUUGGUAGGUCCUUGUUGUGGUCUAUUAACUCCUUGAGGUAAUAUGUUUAGGCGGAAGCCUGCUCUUUGCAGAUGCGGAAGAGUUGGUAGCGAUGGUUUGAGGCCGUUGGCAGGACACAGUAGGUGGCAAGACCCCCGACGUCACACAGAGAACGUACCGGGAUGUGAUGCGGGAGGCUGCCCUCAAGAAAGAUGAGCGUGCAGUUCGGGAGGAGAUUCUGCAGAAGCAGAAGACAGGAGACCUGCAAGUCAACAAAGUGGUCGAGGAGAAACCGAAAGCUACUAAGAGGCGACGCUGGGACCAGACAGGUGAUGAGACACCUUCUGCCACUCCCAAGAAGAAGAUGUCUAGCUGGGACCAAGCUGAUACCCCCUCACACACCCCAGCACAGACCAGAUGGGAUGAAACGCCCGGCCGUCCCAAAGGUGGAGAGACGCCCGGUGCCACACCUGGCCAGAGCACACGGAACUGGGCAGAGACACCUGCGCACGCCACGCCCGGUGCCACCACACCUGGACGUACACCUGGCCACGAUACACCUGGAGCCGGAGGGAUGACACCAAGGGCCACGCCCAGUGCACGCAGGAACAGAUGGGACGAAACUCCCAAGACUGAAAGAGAAACACCUGGGCACGGAAGUGGCUGGGCUGAGACCCCGCGUACGGACCGAGGCAUGGGAGACGGUGUGAUCUCGGAGACCCCCACACCUGGCGCGUCCAGCAAACGUCGCUCCCGGUGGGACGAGACACCUGUGGGAACACCUGGACCGGCCACACCCAUGCUGGGACAGGGAAUCACACCUACUGGACCAAAGGCUAUGAACAUGGCCACUCCAACACCAGGUCACAUCAUGCAGAUGACACCAGAACAGAUGCAAGCCUGGCGCUGGGAGCGCGAGAUCGACGAGAGGAACAGGCCCCUGACAGACGAGGAACUGGACGCCAUGCUGCCAGAGGGAUACAAGACUCUGGCUCCCCCAGCCGGCUAUGUGCCCAUCCGUACUCCAGCCAGGAAGCUCACAGCUACCCCCACACCCAUGGGUGGUAUGACAGGCUUCCACAUUCAGGUGGAGGACAAGAGCCUGAAACAACUGACUGACCAGCCCUCGGGCAACCUGCCCUUCCUCAAACCUGAUGAUGUGCAGUACUUUGACAAGCUGUUGGUGGACGUUGAUGAGUCCACGCUCAGUGCAGAGGAGCAGAAAGAGAGGAAGAUCAUGAAGCUCCUCCUGAAGAUUAAGAAUGGUACUCCACCCAUGAGAAAGGCUGCCCUGAGACAGAUCACAGACAAGGCACGAGAGUUCGGAGCCGGUCCCCUCUUCAACCAGAUCCUCCCCCUGCUGAUGUCUCCCACACUGGAGGAUCAGGAGCGCCAUCUGCUGGUGAAGGUGAUUGACCGCAUCCUGUACAAGCUGGAUGACCUGGUGCGACCCUACGUGCACAAGAUCCUGGUGGUGAUUGAGCCGCUGCUGAUCGAUGAGGACUACUACGCACGUGUGGAGGGCAGGGAGAUCAUCUCCAACUUGGCUAAGGCUGCAGGCUUGGCCACCAUGAUCUCCACCAUGCGUCCUGACAUUGACAACUUGGAUGAGUACGUGCGUAACACCACGGCCCGCGCGUUCGCCGUCGUGGCGUCUGCUCUUGGCAUCCCCUCCCUCCUGCCCUUCCUGAAGGCUGUGUGCAGGAGUAAGAAGUCGUGGCAGGCUCGGCACACGGGAAUUAAGAUCGUGCAGCAGAUCGCCAUCCUCAUGGGCUGUGCCAUCCUGCCUCAUCUCAAGAACUUGGUGGAGAUCAUUGAGCAUGGUCUGGUAGAUGAGCAGCAGAAAGUGCGCACCAUCACUGCGUUGGCCUUGGCUGCCCUGGCUGAAGCCGCCACGCCCUACGGUAUCGAGUCCUUUGACAGUGUUCUCAAACCUCUCUGGAAGGGUAUCCGCCAGCACAGAGGAAAGGGUCUAGCUGCUUUCCUGAAGGCUAUUGGUUACCUCAUCCCCCUCAUGGAUGCUGAGUACGCCAGCUACUACACCCGUGAAGUGAUGCUCAUCCUGAUCCGAGAGUUCCAGUCACCUGAUGAGGAAAUGAAGAAGAUUGUGUUGAAAGUAGUGAAGCAGUGCUGUGCCACAGACGGUGUGGAGCCCCAGUACAUCCGGGAGGAAAUCCUGCCGCCCUUCUUCAAGCACUUCUGGCAGCACAGAAUGGCCCUGGACAGGAGGAACUACAGACAGCUUGUAGACACAACCGUGGAGAUUGCCAACAAGGUGGGUGCAGCAGAGAUCAUCAGCCGCAUCGUGGAUGACCUGAAGGACGAGGCUGAACAGUACAGGAAGAUGGUCAUGGAGACCAUCGAGAAGAUCAUGGCUAAUCUGGGCGCGGCCGACAUUGACUCCCGUCUGGAGGAACAGCUUAUCGACGGCAUUCUGUAUGCCUUCCAGGAACAGACUACAGAGGAUGUUGUGAUGCUGAAUGGUUUCGGCACCAUUGUGAACGCUCUGGCCAAGCGUGUGAAGCCGUACCUGCCCCAGAUCUGUGGUACCAUCCUGUGGCGGCUGAACAACAAGGCAGCGAAGGUUCGUCAGCAAGCUGCCGACCUCAUCUCCCGCAUCGCCGUGGUGAUGAAGACUUGUCAGGAGGAAAAACUGAUGGGUCAUUUGGGAGUGGUGCUGUAUGAGUACCUGGGAGAAGAGUACCCGGAGGUGCUGGGUUCGAUUCUCGGCGCGCUCAAGGCCAUCGUCAACGUCAUCGGCAUGCAGAAAAUGACUCCACCCAUCAAGGACCUGUUACCCCGUCUCACUCCCAUCCUGAAGAACCGUCACGAGAAGGUGCAGGAGAACUGCAUCGACCUGGUGGGCAGAAUUGCAGACAGAGGCUCAGAGUUUGUGUCUGCUCGUGAAUGGAUGAGGAUUUGUUUCGAGCUGCUGGAGUUGCUGAAGGCCCACAAGAAAGCCAUCAGGAGAGCAACAGUCAACACAUUUGGCUACAUCGCCAAGGCUAUCGGUCCUCACGACGUACUGGCCACACUGCUCAACAACUUGAAGGUCCAGGAGCGACAGAACCGUGUCUGCACAACCGUUGCCAUAGCAAUUGUGGCGGAGACCUGCUCCCCCUUCACAGUUCUUCCUGCGCUGAUGAACGAGUACCGAGUCCCGGAACUAAACGUCCAGAACGGCGUCCUGAAGUCCCUGUCCUUCCUGUUUGAGUACAUCGGUGAGAUGGGGAAGGACUACAUCUAUGCUGUGACUCCGUUGUUAGAGGAUGCCCUUAUGGACAGAGACCUGGUGCACAGACAAACAGCCUGCUCUGCUAUCAAACACAUGUCGCUGGGGGUGUACGGGUUCGGCUGUGAGGAUGCGCUGGUUCACCUGGCCAACUACGUGUGGCCAAACAUCUUCGAGACGUCUCCUCAUGUCAUCCAGGCCGUCAUGGACGCGCUGGAGGGGCUGAGAGUAGCGCUGGGGCCGGGGAAACUCUUACAGUACUGUCUGCAGGGUUUGUUCCAUCCUGCAAGGAAGGUACGAGACACAUACUGGAGAAUCUACAACAACUUGUACAUCGGAGGGCAGGACGCUCUGGUGGCAGCCUACCCCAAGGUCUCAGACGACGACAAGAACACAUACACACGUCAUGAGCUCACCUAUUUCCUCUAGUCCCCAAAAAACAGUGGCAGGAUAUUUCAAACUUUAGUGUUAGUUGACCAGGAAUUGUGAUACUGUGGUCAUCUAGUAUUCUCAACAACAAAAGAUAAAUGGUAGUAUGUAUGAUUGUCUUGUACCAAAUAAAUGCUGGUACGUUAGAAGUUACAAAAUGUACAGUCCAGCAAGAAGAAGAAAACAGAAAAUCAACUGAUGUUAUUCAGUUUUUGUCACUGUUAAUUGAUACCACAGUAGUUUCAUGAGUUGUCACUUGCUUUGUGGUACUGCUUAACCCAGACUUUCUUAACAAAAAAAAAAAGGAAAGAAUCUUUGAGACAGCAUCUGAGAUGCAUAGAUGCGUAUGCUGUUUAUUGUACAUUACGGAACUGCGAUAAGUAGGAAAUUUUAUCUGUAAUUUAGGAUAGCUCUAGACAGUGAUUCGUAUUUGAAAUGGUGGAAGACACAUUAAACAGCAAAGCCUCUGUGCAAGGUUAAGUUUAUGUUAUCUUCAGUACCAUAUAUUGCUGUUUUGCAUAAGCUGACAAAAUGAACCAUUUUUGAACACCCUGGCUUCAGUACAGCUUACAUCUUUAGCCCCGAGUUUGCUCUUACUGUGGGAAAUAACUAUUGAUACAAAUGAAUCUUGUUUUAUUAAACAGAGACUAGCUGUUGCUUGGUGGUUGAAACAAACCCUUGUUACAUUUUGAAACAAUCAUGAACCUGGUUUUUGCGCACCCUUCUAUGUAUGUAGACAAUGCUUGCAUACAUUUUGUAUAUAUACACGCAACAAUUCCUUGAAAUGUCCCAGUGUAAGGUGCAGAAAAAAUUGUAACCAGAGACAUUCAUCCAAACAAAAGACAAGCGUCUUCAAAAUGUAUGGUUUUGCAGAUCUCAGUAUUCAGUCUUUCAAUUUGGGGGAAGUUGACAACCCUAGCACAAAAAAGACUUGAUAACUUUUGUACAAUCAAUGUCAAAUAUUUCAGUGUGUACAAUGCAUGGAUCAGAAUGUACUCUGAUCUAGCCUAUUGUUUAACAUAACAUUUACACAGUUGUAAACAUAACCUGGAUGAAUCUAUGUUUUGUGGCACCACCUUCGUUAUUACUGACAGUUGAAAUACCAUAACAGGACAUGGGGCUAAAGUUCUUGUGUACAAAAUAAAUGUGUUGAAGUCUA